AUGAGAAUUGAAGAACUGCAGAAUUCGCUAGAAGCACAUGAACAAAGGCUAAUCGAAAGGAAAAAUGUUGAAAAAGGCAUGAAUCAAGCCUUACAAACCAGAACUGACCAAAAGUUCAAAGGUCGUGGAGUUGGAAGAGGUAGAGGGCGUUCAAAGGGUGGACGAAUUGGAGGCAGAAACACAAGCUUCUCCGAACAAUUCUCUGAAGAAAAUGGCAGUGAUAAAAAAGAAGUAAAUAGAAGAGGUGGAAGGCAGUCGAAGGGAAGAGGCAAAGGCAGAAAAGGCUACGACAAAAGGAAUAUCCAAUGUUUCACAUGCAGCAAAUACGGUCACUAUUCCUCGGAAUGUUGGCACAAUGAAGAUGCAAAGAGAAUCAAGAAUGGUGAAUCAGCCAACCUUGCACAGGAAACAGGAGACUCUGAAUCUGAUCAUGUCGUGUUGAUGAGCAUAGUGGAAGAACGAUGUAAAAGAUUGACCCAGAACAGGUGUAAGCGAGAAAUGAUUCAUUUGGCAGACAGGUCUAACGAAGCACAUGUGUCAAUCGCAAAUAGUGUAACGCAUGCACUGGGUGAUCGAAGACACGUGUCUUUCUCAGAUGAAGUGCGACAUGCAGCAGAUGAUGAUGAACUACCUACACAUGCGCUACUCUCAAAUGACACAAAUGGUGCGGUAACUGAUGACUCAUGCAGCUGGUACUUAGACACGGGCUACUCGAAUCAUAUGACAAGGAGACGAGAAUUGCUUGUGAAUAUUGAUUCAAGUAUAAAGAGAUGCGUGAGGAUUGUGAAUAAUAGCACCAUUAUGGCGGAAGGAAUUGACAAAGUCUUGAUCACCUGUAAGAAUGACAAGAUUUCCUACAUGGAUGACGUGUUAUACGUCCCAACAAUGAAGAGCAACCUGUUGAGUUUGGGACAACUCCUGGAGAAAGGAUAUAUUAUGUCUAUGCAUCAGCGACACAGAAUUGUUUGA